CGCGCAUGCGCAGCACAAGGCAACGUUGAUUGAGGAGCAGAGCAGCAAUUUCUGACGCCCAAACUGGCAGGUUAUCUACAAUACACACAGCUAACAGCUAACGGCUCAUUUACCUCAGGACUGCACUGCAAUAUCGUUCUGCAUGAAAAAAUACAAGCACAUCGAUAUUUAGUCAAGAGCAUCUGACUGGAGAUAUUCUGAAGAGCAGAAAAAAAAACAACAGACCGAGUGCUGACUGACGGGCUCUUAGUGUAUAUAAUGUAUUAUAUUGUAGAGUUUUUACAAACAAACGAAGUUGCAGUUGUCCCAUCAAUUUGGGUUAAAAAUGGAAUGUGUCAGUGGCCGCUGACAUAUAAAAUGAGUGACAUCAUGAGAGCUACACGGAAUCAAGAGCAGCCUGGAGACCAUUGGGAGUCAUACAGUAUAAAGAUUUUAUAUACAACUGACAACUAUAACAGUGCACGUUUGAAACUCCCUGAGGCAGAAGCCAUGACCGACAUCCACACAGCGGAAGAAGAUCAAGAUGACACGAUGGCAAAAAAAUCCAAGAGAAAAAAAAUACCCAACAAAAGACUUCUUGACAGUGAAAGUGAUGAUGAGCUCCCUAUCAAAAAGAGCAAAAAACUCCCACCACCACCAGUAAUAAAGUAUCCAAACCCAGGAUUGGCUAGCUCCAAGAUUCAACCAAGACCAGUGAGCCCCGAGACCGGAGGUGGAUCGGCAAGCCCCGAGACCGGAGGUGGAUCGGCAAGCCCCGAGACCAGACGUGGAACAUCUCAAAGCAGAAGAUGGCCGUCUCAGACUCAUGAUUUUGCAUCUGUUCUACAUCAUCUACUGAUAAAACAAGAAAUGGUCAUAGACCAAUUGAAGAUCAUCCUGAGGACUGUUCAGGCUAUACAAGGAAGUACUGGAGGUCCAAGCGAGCAAGAUUUUGAUGAAGGGGCACUGCCGCUUACGGAUCUUGAGUCACUGCUUGAUCUAGAGAAUGUUCUGAAAAAUGAACAAGAGCUCAAAAACAAAAUGAUCACUGCUUUGGGGCUUAAUGGAGGGGUGGACCUGAAGGAUACCGUGUGGCGAAUUAUGAAGCGAACUGUGACUAACUCUUUGGCCAAGAAGUUGAACUGGCGGGGCAUAAAUGGGAAAACGGCAUUCAACAGCUUGUUACUAAAAGAUGUGAUUGCUGGAGCUGUUAGAAGAAAUCGGCUCACCAGACUGGCAACAAAUCAAGAAAUUGAGUUCUACAUAAGAAGAUGGCUACAUUUAGCAAUAGACAGAGAAGGAGGGAGGAGGUUACGGCAGGAGAGACGGUCUGUCUUGUAAGGUCCCGCCCCUCUUCUUACCAUUUGUAGCUCUCUGGUCCUACUUGGAUGCUGUCUAUGCAACGGACAGAAGGAGAGAAUUUCUCUUUGUUAACUUUGGACUGUUUGAUUGUUAAAGAUGUUGGUGCUGUUUGCAAAUAUUCACUUGUUCCUGAGUUUCAUUCUGACCAUUGUAUUGGAUGGAGAAGAAGAGAGGAAGUUAUGGCAGCAUCCUCUUUUUUUGUCAAUUUAGUUAUUUUUGGUUUUAAAGAAACACAAGUAUUGUGUGCACUAUGAUUUCAGUGUUUAUUUUAAAUGUUUACUGGACAGGGCAAUGGAAAGAGAAAGCAGGACAGUAGUUUGAAUGUUAGAUUAAAUUGUUUUGCACUA